GACCAAAUCAGGGUGGGAGCAAUUUGACUUUGAAAGGAUGGCCCCUCACAGGUCUUGAUCAACUUCGCUCUGGAAUUCUACAACAGAAGUCAUUAAUGCAGUCUCCACAACCUUUACACCAACUUCAACUUCUGACUCCACAACAACAAGCACUAUUGCUUCAGGCACAGCAGAAUUUAACGUCCCCCUCUCCAUCAGCUGGAGAUAUUGACAGCAGAAGACUUAGAAUGUUCCUGAACAACCGAAAUUUAGUUCUUGGGAAGGAUGGCCAGUCAAACUCUUCUGGUGAUGUCAUUCCAAAUAUUGGAUCUCCAAUGCAAACUGCUUGUCCAGUCUUGCCACGUGCUGAUACAGAUAUGUUAAUCAAGAAGAUAGCUCAGUUGCAACAACAGCACCAGCAAAACAGCAGCCAGCAGACACAGCAGCAGCUUCCACAGCAUGCGAUAUCUAGUCAACAAUCGCAGAGUUCAACUCACCAUCUUCACCAACAAGAUAAAAUGGGUGCUGCAAGUGUGACGAUGGAUGGAAAUAUGUCUAACUCCUUUCGAGGAGGUGAUCAGGCAUCAAAAAGUCAGAACGGGCGCAAGCGAAAACAACCUGUGUCAUCCUCUGGUCCAGCCAACAGUUCAGGAACUGCAAACACUGCAGGCCCCUCUCCAAGCUCGGCACCCUCAACGCCUUCCACGCAUACUCCAGGAGAUGUGAUUUCAAUGCCAUCAUUGCAACAUGGUGCUGGCUCCUCUAAACCUUUGAUGGUGUUUGGUUCUGAUGGCACUGGAACUUUAACAUCACCAUCAAACCAGCUGGCUGAUAUAGAUCGAUUUGUGGAGGAUGGUUCACUGGAAGACAAUGUUGAGUCAUUUUUGUCCCAUGAUGACCCAGAUCCAAGAGAUACAGUAGGUCGUUGUAUGGAUGUUGGCAAAGGUUUUACAUUUACUGAGGUUUUAUCUGCUCGGGCAAGUACAAGCAAGGUUGUUUGCUGCCACUUCUCAUCUGAUGGGAAGCUACUUGCUAGUGGGGGCCAUGAUAAAAAGGUAGUUUUGUGGCACACUGAUACCUUAAAACCAAAAUCUUCAUUGGAAGAACACUCCCUUCUCAUUACUGAUGUUAGAUUUAGCCCGAGCAUGCCUCGUCUGGCUACCUCCUCAUUUGACAAGACUGUGAGGGUAUGGGAUGCUGAUAAUCCGGGCUAUUCACUUCGUACUUUUACUGGGCAUUCUGCAUCUGUCAUGUCUCUGGAUUUCCACCCAAAUAAAGAUGAUCUCAUAUGCUCCUGUGAUGGGGAUGGAGAGAUACGCUACUGGAGCAUCAAUAAUGGCAGCUGCAUGGGAGUUUUCAAGGGUGGCACAACCCAAAUGAGAUUUCAACCCCAUCUUGGCAGGUAUCUUGCAGCAGCUGCUGAGAAUGUUGUAUCCAUACUAGACGUUGAGACUCAGGCAUGCCUUCAUUCAUUGGAGGGACACACAAAACAUGUUGAUUCUGUGUGCUGGGAUCCUACUGGUCAGUUGUUGGUUUCUGUUAGUGAAGACUCAGUCAGGGUAUGGUCUCUCAGUUCGGGGAAUGAAGGUGAAUGUGUGCAUGAGUUGAGCUGUAAUGGGAACAAGUUCCAUUCAUGUGUUUUUCAUCCCUCGUAUCCAUCUCUUCUGGUCAUCGGCUGUUACCAGUCUCUUGAACUCUGGGAUAUGGAUGAGAACAAGACCAUGACUCUUCCAGCUCAUGAAGGACUGAUUGCGGCGUUAGCGGUGUCAAAUGUGAACGGAUUGGUGGCUUCUGCAAGUCAUGACAAGUUUGUUAAACUGUGGAGGUGAAUCCUGUUUCCAUGCAACUCAUCCGCUGUGCCCGGGGAGGCUCUCUGACACUACGUUUUUCGUUGCGGCAUGACCUAGCUAGGGUAAAGUAGGGUUGCUAACAUCAUAGGUACCCCGUUUGUUCUGGAAUAGAUGCUAACCAAGUCUUUGUCGUCGUCGUUGCUGAUGCUGUCGUUUUAACUUCUUGCAGUUAGAUCUGAUAGGUAUCCAGUGUACUUUCUUUUGUCAUCUGGUGGAUGUGUUAAAUUACAGUUUUGUAUAUAUGUUUGGGGACUUCAUUGAUUUAAUGGCUGUCCAAACCUUUUUUCCCA